UGGAUAAAUUGUGUGUGUAAAAAUGGGUUACACAAAGUCAGCUGUUUUGUUUUUAAUCCUUAUCAUUAUCUGCUCGGUGUUUGUGGCCAAUGUCUCUAAUUUGAUCAGUGUUGGUGGUAAUGCAGCCUGGAGAACCACUAGCAAGGAAGAACAACUUAAAGCUGCCCCUCAGGAUGGCGCAAGGUUGGGAAAUAGCACGGAUCACUUGAUGUGGUUUUUGCAGAUAUCUGACCUUCACGUCAGCAUGUUCAGAGAUGAGAAUCGCGUGAAGAAUUUGGGAGACUUUAUGCACAGGACAAUCUCAGUCAUCAGGCCAACGGUGGUUGUGGUCAGUGGGGAUCUUACUGAUGCCCGGAGUCUCAAUCAUAUUGGCUCGGAGCAGUUUGAGGGUGAAUGGGAGAUCUAUAGAAAUCUCCUGGUACAGUACAAUGUCACGAAGAAGACAGUGUGGUUGGAUUUGAGGGGGAAUCAUGAUAACUUCAAUGUAGCUGGUUGGAAUUCGUCCAGUAACUACUUUCAUAAGUAUUCCGUGCAGGGGGCAAAGCAUUCCAGGUCGUACAUGCAUCAGGUGACACGUGGUGGGGAUAAGUAUACUUUUAUUGCGGUGGACGCAUGUUUGGAACCGGGACCGAAGCGUCCGUACAAUUUUAUUGGGAUGAUUACGGCAGAUGAGAUGGUGAAUAUUGAGAAGAUGAUGGCGGAAGCAAAGGAGUCUGGAAGUAGGUAUACCAUUUGGUUCGGACACUAUCCCACUUCAUGCAUUUUGGCGCCUGGAGGGGGGAUUAGGGAGGUGAUUGGGAGGCAUGAGGAGGGUUUGGUGUAUUUGUGUGGGCAUCUGCAUACGAUGGGAGGCAUGGUAAAAAAAAUGUACACUCUGCAGAACGCGGGAUUUCUCGAGCUGGAAUUGGGAGAUUGGAAGGACAAUCGGAUGUUUAGGCUGGCAGCUGUUGAUCAUGGAAUGUUCUCCUUUGUGGAUGUCCAUCACAAUGAAUGGCCAAUUGUCCUAGUGACAAAUCCCAAGGAUGCUCUCUUCAAUAAUCCCCACAGGGAGAAUAUCAGGCUCCAGGCAGAAUCUACUCACAUUCGACUCUUGGCAUUUAGCUUGGCGCCAAUUGUAGAAUGCCGGGUUAGGGUUGAUUUAGAGCCAUUUGGGGUAUGUGAGAGAAUUUCUGAAGGAGUAUUUGUGGCCAAGUGGGAUCCAAUGAGGUACAAACAGGGUUUGCAUCACAUUGAAGUGCUAGUGCAGGAUGAAGAUGGACGAGAGAAGAGUGUGAGGCAAGCCUUUUCCCUCGAUGGAACUCCAAUGGUUUUCAAUGUGAAAGGUCGGUUUGUCCUCAUGACAGAUGCCUGUCAGAUAUUUCAAGCAUUCUUUGGGACGACUCUGAUCAUCUGUAUUCUGCCCUUGAUCAUCUUCCGCAUUUGGCAUAUGGCAGUUGUUCGUGGAAGGGCCAAAAGACCAAAGAUUCAAUGGAGUUUUCUGAGAUGCUGGAUCAGACGACUCUGGCUCCUUGCAUCAGUCAAUCGACUAUUCUUUCCACUUCUCGUGUUUUACAUGUACCUCCUGGUGGGGCCAUGGUCAGUGGCAGAUGUCAUCGAUGGACACUUUGGAGUAGUGUUUAUGUGGGGCAUUCUAGUGGAUGGAAUUUUCCUUCCCGGUUCCCUUACUUACCUCUAUGGAUUCUUUCAACUGGCUCUGUGUCAGCUGCCGCUCAUCUAUGUCUAUGCUAGCAUCCUGGACAGACGCUACAGACAUACCAUAAGCCCACCGACACGACCCAAAGGUCGUCUUAGGAAGUUCCUGCAGCACCUGCCCUUCCUCACCAUCAUCACAGUGGAAUUCAUCCUGGUGUACAUUCACUGGGCUUCAUAUGGCUUCUUAGCUGUCAUCCUGGGUCCGCUGAGGACGUGGUCUCUAGUCAUGAACUUUGUUCUUUGGUACCAAGCUCAAUAUAUGCCCGAUAAGUGUCUCCAUUCCGGCCAAGCUGUCUGGUCCACUCAACCAAAGCUGGUCAAGGAUGACAAUUAAAAUUAUGGGUUUUCCUUAGCACAACACAAAAUGUAGUUCUUUUCCUUUCAAUGUGAUAUACCACAUUUGAGGAACUUCCGGAAUGCUGUACAUUACUUUUAAGUCCAUAUUUUGCAAGUAGGUAGCAAUAAACUUUAUAAAUAAAACCUUUUUUUUUCAGUCAAAAA